AUGAGGCUCACAGCGGUAACCGCAUGUACUCUCGCUGCACUCCUGAACACGGUGCAUGCCGCACCCACGCGCCCAGACUCGCAUGAGCUCCUUGUCGAAACGUCAUCCGGAAAGAUCAACGGCUUCACUGAUCCAUCUUUCCCCGAUGUUCGCCAAUUUCUGGGCAUCCCUUUCGCCAAACCAGCAACCAAAGAGCUCCGUUUCGCGCCGCCGCAGCGUUUUAUGAGCCAUGACAUGUUCAAUGCGUCCAAGACUCCACAUGCCUGUCCACAGUUCCAGACUACCGCGCCAACCAUCUGGUCUGUCUCAACGCCACAGUUUCUAAACUCUGCUCCUUGGAGCGAGGACUGCCUUUCACUGUCCGUCUGGGCCCCCAAAAUGAACUCGACCCAAGAAAAACUACCAGUGUUCAUCUGGAUCCACGGCGGCGGCCUCCAGAGCGGCUCCUCCUCCGUCCCAUACCAGCAGCCUCCGCCAUGGAUCCAGCGCUCGAAGAGCCACAUCGUCGUAGCGCUGCAAUACCGGCUGAACAUCUUCGGCUUCCCCAACGCGGCGGGCCUGAACCAGACCAACCUCGGCCUGAUGGACCAGCGCAUGGGUAUCGAAUGGGUGCGCGACAACAUCGCGUCCUUCGGCGGCGACCGCGACAACAUGAUCCUGUGGGGCCAAUCCUCAGGCGCGGCCUCAACCGACGCGCAGAACUUCGCCUUCCCGCAGGACCCCAUCGUCAAGGGCUUCAUCCAGGACAGCGGCAGCGCGCUGAUCCCCGUCGGCCAGGCGCUGGUGACUGAGGACCCGACCCACUCCAACUUCACCUUCGUCGCCGAGCACGUCGGCUGCAAGUCUUCUUCUCCUUCUGAUCAGCUCUCCUGCAUGCGCGCCCUCCCCGCCCAGACCAUCGUCGACUUCAUGGCCAACUACACCAACGCUGGAACGGCGCCCCCGCUCAACUUCAUCGGCACACCCGACGACCGUUGGGUCUUCGCCGACUACGCGGCGCGCUACGCCCGCGGCCAGCUGUCGCGCGCGCCCGCCGUCUACGGCUCCAACGCCGCCGAGGGCAACCUCGCCGCUCCUUUCCCUCGCGAUCCACAGCAUGAAGGACCAGACGCGGCCGUCGCGCUCGCCGCGACCCUGAGCGGCUUCCAGUGCCCGGACGCGCACUCGGCCGGAAACCGCACUGCGGCAAGGAAUGCGGACUUGAAGACGUACCGGUACCUCUACGCCGGCAACUUCAGCGACGUCAGCCCGCUGUUUUGGGAGGGCGCGUACCACGCGGCGGAGCUGCCGCAGGUCUUCGGGACGAGGGGUAUGUUCGGUAGAGGUGAGGCGAGCGAGUACGAGGUUAAGACGAGCGAGGCGAUGCAGGAUUUGUGGUUGGGGUUUGCGCGGAACGUCGCGAGGCCCGAGGCGGCGGGGUGGGUGGAGGCGAGGACGGGGGGCAUGCUGAUGUUGGGUGCGUCGGGCGGCGGGCCGGCGGUGAAGGUGGUUAAUCAGACGGUUGUUGAUGAGCCGUGUAAGCAGCAUGGGUUGUGA